CUGGUUCUUAAGAUAAUCUAUCUAUUUGUAUACACAGGUGUUGUACAGAGCCAGGAUACAAUUAAAGAUACAAGAACUAGAAGAACUAGAGUUAGAAGAAAAAUAUCUAUUUCAAAUCUUGAAAACUCUACCUUAGAAAUUUAUGAUUUUCACGUUCCUUCCAUAUUAAAGUUGGAAUCUGCUGGAGUGCUCGCCUGUGGAUACAGGGAGACCCCAUUAACACGAGUUCAUCAAGUUCAGUGGUUUAAGGACGACAUUAUAUUCUUCAGCUACCAGCCAGGGACACGUCAACACGCUCAUAUCUACCCAGAUACAGACUGGUUGGAUCCAGGCUCCGUAUCCUACAUGGUGGACCCUAUACAUGUGAACCAGGAACCUGGAGAUGUUAAAUCUGGAUUCAACAUCUCCGUUCUUACGGUUCGGUUUGACAGGAUAGAUGAGAAGAUGUCCGGAGUUUAUAAGUGUAAUCUUAGUUUAUCUCUCCUAGAACCAGGUCCUGGGGAUAUCCGGGUCCUGAGAUCAAGAUCUGGUAGACUCACAGUCUUAUCCAACUCAGAGCAGGUUGUAUCCGGUCCAGAUAUUGAACUAGAUAUCAGUACAGGGUAUAGACAAGGGAAUCAGAUGCAUCUCAUGUGUUCUAGUCAGGGUUCUCCAGCUCCUUAUCUAGUCUGGAGCUAUAUCAGAGGAGAAGAACAAGACUUGAAAGAAGAAACACCCGUAGGACGGAGCAAGCUGGAAACCUAUCCGCUAUCCGUAUCUGUAUCUGGAGUUGAAACCAGAAAACUUGGACUCUCUGUUCUCUGCUGCUCUGAAACUAAGUUCUCCUGCUCUCUUCAGUCAGGGGGGGAAAUGUUGAAAACUGAGGUUGAGUUGGUUGAGCAUGACAAGGUUUGGAGGCUGGAGAUGAUUAACCCGGAGGUUACUCCGGAGGACCAGAAGCAGGAAGAAGAAGAACUAGAGGAAGAUUAUGACUGGAGAAUGAAUAUAUUUGUAUGGGUUGGAUGGGGUUCUGCAGGGAUCUGUUUGCUCUCCAUAUUUAUUUGUUGUCUCUGCUGCUGUAUUUGCUCACACAACAAGAGAAGGAUGACAAGGAAAAGGAGGAAUCAGGAAAUUCUCCGACGAGAAAUAUACAAUAAUAAGAAAAGAGAGAGUAGAUCCCGGUCCUUGAGUAGAAGAUCAACCAAGAGGAAAGCUCCUGAUCCGUCCUACUCAUCUCAAGACCCGUCCUUUACCAGUCCUGAUCCGGACCCGUCCUAUCCCGGUUACAUCCUGGAGCAACAGUCCUAAUCCUAGAUACAUCAUAUCCCGCAGAAACAUUCCUACUCCUAAAUCCAUCUCUUAUUCUAGGAGAGCACCGGAGCAACUGUCCUAAUCCAAUUACAUCCUAUCAUAUGGUUUAUUCUUGAGCAACAGUCCUAAAUCUCGAAUUAUUCUCUUCCUGGUUUAUCCAGGAGCAAUAGUCCUAAUCCUAAUUACAUCUUAUCCUGGGUUUAUCCUGGAGCAACAGUCUUAAUCAAGAAUCCAUCAUAUCUUAGAUUUAUCCUGGAGAAACAGUCCUAAUGCUGAAUACAUCAUAUUCUGGACCUAUCCUGGAGAAACAGUCCUAAUCCUUAAUACAUCAUAUCCUGGGUUUAUCCUGGAGCAACAUUCCUAAUCCUAAAUAAAUUAUGUCCUAAUCUUGGAAAACACCAAGAUUCAGGUACAGUCCUAAUCCUAUUCCAUCCUAUCUUGGGUUUAUCCUGGAGGAAUAGUCCUAAUCCUAUUCCAUCCUAUCUUGGGUUUAUCCUGGAGGAAUAGUCCUAAUCCUAUUCCAUCCUAUCUUGGGUUUAUCCUGGAGGAAUAGUCCUAAUCCUAUUCCAUACUAUCCUGGGUUUCUCUCGGAGAAACAGUCCUGGUCAUUAUAAACAUCCUGUUCUGGUUUUAUCAUAGAACAAAAGUCCUAUGUCUCAGUAUAUCCUUCUCUAGCAUUAUAAAGGAGCAACAGUUAUAAUCUGAUGUGUCAUAUUCUGGGUUGUAAUAGAGCAACAGUCCUAGCUAAUCUUGAAUUCAUUCUGUUCUGCCAUUAUCAGUUCUAUUUAUGACCAUGCAAUAUGCAUACCAUGUACUCUAAUUGUGAUUUAUUAAAUGUAGAACCUGAUAAAUUAUCCAAUUCAAUUUGUAUUUUUUCUUGAAAAAUGUACUCUGCUCCAAAAUUCACAAAAAAAACAUCCUGCUCUUGUAAAUGAAAGCUUAGCAAUGCCAGCAUGUAUCCAAGUUAUUAAAUACUUCUUUCUAAAUAACUUAUUAUUUUACAGCGAAUAAAUAUUAACUACCAAAUAU